UAGUGCACCUUUAAGAGGCUUAAUUUACUAUAGUAAAUUUAUUGCAAGAAUUCUAUUUUGUCCAUAAUAAAGUAGUAAGUAAAAGUGAAGUAAUACAUACACAGGCCGUUUUUUCAUGGCAAGUUAUGAUUUUAGUGUCCUCAUUCUCCAGGCAGUAGUCUAUGCUUCAUUUUAGCCCUCAAAUUGUCUUCACUGCAUGUAGCCUAUAAAAGGCACCCCAGCAUCUAUGUUAGCCUCGUUUAAACUACUUUACUCUCAUCAGUGCACCAUGUUUGUCUGAGGCCCUGUUACCUCCUCUUAACACAUUUAACAUCACCCAAUAGCAGCUUACAAAAAAAAUAAAGAGCCUAAUUUGGUUUUACUUGAAUCUAAUUGUUUUUCUUCGGGAAAACACUGCAUAGACUAUAAAAUGCAUAUGUAGGCUAGAUGACUGGGAUUCUGAGAGGUCUAUGCUGGGGUUCUCCUAACAUCUUGUAACACAUUCAAAGCGGUCGACCACAGACCCAUGGUCAAUACUGUGAAUCAUUCAAAUGGGCGCAUUUAUGCCUAGUUUUGACAGAGCUGCUAUUGCACCAUACAUUUAAUGAGGCUUGGAACAUGAAUUUUAGGUCUUUAUCAAUGCAAUGUGAUGUCAAUGGGCUUGUAGUAGUAUUUAACUAAAAUUACAGCCUAUGAUUAUUUGGGCCAGUUCAGCAGGAAGUCUGGAGGCCAGACCUCGUCGUCAAAGCCUGAUCUCGUCAGAUUAAGCAAGAAGCAAGGCUCGGUCUGGCUAGUAUUUGAAUAAGAAACCUCUGGAAAUACCAGGUGUAACUGUUGCUCUGUCCUUAGGCAAGAAAUAUCACUCAUAUUGCCUAAUGUGAUUGGCCUUCCUUCCGUCAGUCUGCCUCAGCGAAGCUGUGGCCACAAUACCAUCACAAACUAUGCAUGUCUGUAUGUAUGAACAAUGCUCUAUAAAGCGCUUUGGGUUUCUUGAAAGGCGAUAUAUAUAAUGCUAUGCAUUAUUACUACUGAUAAAUUUGGUCUGAGGGCCACAUUUGGCUCCCAGGCCAAAACUUGGACACCCCUGGUCUAUGCCUUUAUGAUACACAGCUAGGCCUAUUUAUUUUAAUUUUCAUUCUUUGAUUGCGUAUUUAUUGAUCCAAUACGUACAUUUUUCAUUAUGGUGCACAAAAUGUUGGAUAUCAUGGGAAUAAUGCGCCCAUCAGAAGAAUGAUGGCCAGUGCCAACUGCCUUUAACUGUAUUAUCGCGAGACUUGCUUGGCGCCGCGACCUCAUGGACGUGAAGCAGCAGCUCUGCAGAGAAAGCGAAAUGCAUCUGUGAAUAUUUGUGUAUAUUUCUGCACCACUAGAAAUCAUAAAUUGUGUGCAAUCAAUAACUGUUCCGAUCUUAAUUUUUGAGCUGAAUUUGCGCAAGUAUGUGGAUCCAGGUUCGUACAAUAGACGGAAAGGAGACGCGAACCGUAGAGGAUCUUUCUCGAUUGACCAAAAUUGAGUUGUUACGGUUAAAAAUUCAAGAUAUCUUCAAUGUAUCCCCCCAUCAACAGCGUCUGUUCUACAGGGGGAAGCAGAUGGAAGAUGGCCAAACAUUGUUUGACUACAAUGUUGGUCUAAAUGACAUUGUACAACUCCUUAUUCGUGCACAGUCUGAUACUGCAGACAGCCCUGAUGUCAAGAACUCUCUGGGUGACAUCAAAGCCUCAGCCAGUGCUAUUGCUCUGAAAACCAGUAAGGACAAUAAUGGUGAAGUCAAACCAAACACAAGUGAUCAAGCAAGUACCAACAAUGGAUUUAAAUCUAACCCGGCACAAGACUCGCAACCACCCUCCUCUAGUCGGUGCAUGCUCAUUAAUGCAGGGAUUGGAUGUUAUAAGAUUAAUGAACUGGUGGACUGCAGAGACGUCAGCAUCGGUGCUUGGUUUGAAGCUUGUAUUGAAAAUGUGACACUUGCUCCUGCCAAAGCAAAGAUAGGUCGGCCCUCAAAAAGGACUAACGGAAAGCUGGAAGCUGAGCUGGGCCAAAGCCUGAGCAUUGACUCUAACAGGAAUAACAAUGUUUUCAACACAGAGAGCAAUGGAGCCACUACCUCUCAGACCGACUCACCAGCCACAGAAACCAGGCAGGAUGUCAUUUACCACAUUAAAUAUGAUGAUUACCCAGAAAACGGUGUGGUUGAAAUGUACCCAUGCAAUGUGCGACCUCGUGCUCGGACAUUACUAAGAUGGGAUCAGCUUCAAGAAGGCAUGAUUGUGAUGGUCAACUACAACAUGGAGACUCCAGAGGAGAGGGGCUUCUGGUUUGAUGCAGAGAUUCAGACCCUCAACCAAACAUCUCGGACAAACAAAGAACUUCGAGUCAAGAUCCUUAUUGGAGGCCCGGGAGAUGUUGUUGAAGACUGCAAGAUUCAGUUCCUGGAUGAAAUCUACCAAGUGGAGAAGCAGGGUGCUCGUGCGCUUUCAGCUGCCGAUGGGCAGUUUAAACGUAAAAGUGGACCAGAGUGUAAGCACUGCAAGGCUGAUCCUGAUGCAGAAUGUCGUUUCUGUUCCUGCUGUGUGUGUGGUGGGAAGCAGGAUGCACACAUGCAGUUACUGUGUGAUGAGUGCAACAUGGCCUUUCAUAUCUACUGUUUAAACCCACCACUGUCCACCAUCCCUGAUGACGAGGACUGGUACUGCCCCACUUGUAAGAAUGACACAAAUGAGGUUGUAAAAGCAGGAGAAAAACUGAAAGCCAGCAAAAAGAGGGCUAAAAUGCCUUCAGCAACUACAGAAAGUCAAAGGGACUGGGGGAAGGGUAUGGCUUGUGUUGGGCGAACUAAGGAGUGUACAAUUGUUCCGCCAACUCACUAUGGACCUGUUCCUGGAAUUCCUGUUGGAACGACUUGGAAGUUCAGAGUACAGGUAAGCGAAGCAGGUGUUCACAGACCUCAUGUUGGUGGGAUCCAUGGGCGCGUUCACGAUGGUGCCUACUCAUUGGUACUAGCUGGUGGCUUUGAAGAUGAAGUGGAUCGGGGAGAUGAGUUCACAUACACAGGCAGUGGCGGUCGAGAUCUGUCGGGAAACAAGCGGAUUGGGGAACAUUGUUUUGACCAGACUCUUACUCAUAUGAACAGGGCUCUGGCCUCAAACUGUGAUGCCCCUCUGGAUGACAAAGUUGGUGCAGAGUCCAGGAACUGGCGAGCUGGAAAACCAGUGAGAGUUGUACGCAGCUCUAAGGGUCGACGUAUUAGCCAGUACGCUCCUGAGGAAGGCAACCGAUAUGAUGGUAUCUAUAAGGUGGUAAAAUACUGGCCUGAAGUUGGGAAAUGUGGUUAUCUUGUAUGGCGGUACUUGUUAAGACGUGAUGACCAGGAGCCAGCCCCAUGGACACCAGAAGGUCUUGAGAGGACCAAGAAACUUGGGCUUACAGUGCAGUAUCCACCAGGAUACCUUGCAGCCAUGGCUAACAAAACCCGAAAAGAGGCCAUUGCCCGACCUGGUCAAGGUGGGAAAAACAAUAGACGCUAUUCUGGAAGAGGCAGGGGAAGGAGACGACGCUCCUUCAAGAAGAAACAGGAGAAUGAGGAGGAAGACGAUGAAGAACAGUUGAUCGCGUGUUUGGAUGAUGAUGAAUUGCAAAGCAAUGGAGAUGAGCAGGAGGCAGAAGAUUGCGGUUGGACCACUCAUAAAGAGCCCCCUUCAAAGCAAGUGAAGGUAGAAGAGGCUUUCCAACUGUCCGAACAGCAGAAAAGGUUAAUUCAGGAUGACGCCGCUAACAGAAGAUUGUGGGAUGAAGCUAUGGAGCAUCUCAAAGAGGGACCAAAAUUUCUGAGUAAACUGGAGCAGUCCUUUAUGUGCUUGUGCUGUCAAGAGUUGGCCUUCCAGCCUAUUACCACAGUCUGCUCACACAAUGUUUGUAAGGCCUGCCUGCAACGAUCGUUUCGAGCGCAGGUGUACACUUGUCCCGCUUGUCGUCAUGAUUUGGGGAAAGACUAUAACAUGUCCCAAAACCAGACGCUUCAGACUCUGCUUGACCAGUUCUUUCCUGGCUACAGCAAAGGCCGAUAAAGUCAAUCAACCAGCACGUUGUACAUAGCCCUUGCUUAAGCACCCCUUUGUGCCCUUGUAUACUAUCAGUUACUAAAAGCUUCAGCUAAAAUGCUUUGCAUAUAUAUGAAGUACUUGGACUGUAAUUGUACAUAAAUCAUAAGUCAUUUAUGUAUACAUUCAUUCAUACACAAACAACCUCAUACGGGAGUAACUUUAUCUGUUGAUAUGGACAGUCUCCAUUAACGUCACCAGCCUGAAUUUGUUUUUUGCAAAGGACACUUUAAAGCUCCCUACUUCUGCUGACCUAAUGCACAUAAUUAUGAGCGCACAAAAACACCCACCACAAUGAAUCUGACCAGUUAAAGUUAAUAUUUUUUUUACUUUUCCUUUAUAUUCAAAUUGACAAAUAGGACAAAAAAUUAUAUAUUUGCACCUUACCUGCCAAAAAGAUUAAAUACACACCAACCUGCAUACAUUUAGUGUACCGCAAGUUUUAAUACAUGAUUUCUAGUUUCCCACAUGUCCUCUUAGAUUAUACUACCAAUUAUUCUGUAAACCCAAGUUGUAAAAUAGCUCUUCCUUGUCAUUUUGAGGAGCUCCACUUCCGUCAUUUAGUUGUCCCUUGUAUCGAUAGGCAAGGACUGUUCUUGUUACAGGUGUUAAUACUUUAAUCUUAUUCAUUCAAUUUUCAAUUGUCUUUUUCCCUGUUACUGUCAUAAGAUGUGAUGGCAGAUCACAUCAAAUAUGUACAUUUUGUACAUAGCUCUAAAAGUUUCACUUAAAUUUCUGACCCCUGAGUCCUUCAGUUUGUAGUGUUUUCAUUGGAAAAUACCCCCGGUAACUAAAAUGAAUCACCAUGCAGUCAGUAGGGUACAUUAAAUGCAUUAACAUGGGAGCUAGAACAUAUUUAACACACAUACAUGUAGCUUACAAAAGCUGCCCAAAGUGCUUACACAAUCAUGAACUAAAGUUUUUUUGUUUGAAAUAUUUUAAAUCAAAGAUUAUAAUUUAUUGGUGGACUGUUCAUUCAUUUUUGUUCAUUCAAAAUAUGCUAGAUCAGUUGCCAUCGUUUGUUUUACAAAUGUGAUGCGCAUAAUUUUUUGUUGUUAAAUCUUGAUCAGAUUGUUCUUUUUUUUUUUUUAUUGACAAGCUACUAAUUGUAUCCUGUCCUCUGCUUACAGUGAAUCUGCCGUAUUUACAGAUGUCUUGUAAAUCUUUUGCUUCAUGGGCUGGGACAUGUUUGAAAAAGGCAUCUAUAUUUCUAAAGUUUUUAAUCUUACGCCUUUA